GCAGGCUAAUGAAUGCUGGGACUUGUAGUUCCAUAAUGAAAGGACAGCUGUAGGCUGUUUAUGUUUCCGAGAUGCUGCUGGUGCUGAUUACCAUCCCGGUGCUGGUUUGGUUUGCAUGCAAACGCUGGGCAGAUGCGUUCUAUUCCCUUGGCUCCAAUAGGCUCCUGGGAGUGAGGACACCGUUGUUGCUUAUAGCUCACCCCGAUGAUGAGUGUAUGUUCUUUGCACCGACCGUUCUGGGGCUGCUCCGCAAUGAAUUGCCAGUGUCAGUGCUGUGCUGCUCCACAGGAAAUUACUACAAUCAAGGGGAGAUCCGUAAGAAUGAGUUGAUUAGAAGUUGUGCAGCUUUAGGAAUCCCUCCUUCCAAUGUUACGCUUAUUGAUCACAGGGACCUCCCAGACGAUCCCAAGGUUCAGUGGGACCCCCAUCUGCUUUCCUCUCUAAUUCUGCGGCAUAUACAUGAAAAGAAAGUUGAUCUGGUGAUCACAUUUGAUGAGGGUGGAGUGAGCGGCCAUGCCAACCAUGUCUCUUUAUACAAAGCAAUAAGGUCCCUACAUUGUGCACAGAAGUUACCUGAAGGGUGCUCUGUUCUGCUGCUGGAGUCGGUGAAUCUUUUCAGAAAGUACCUGUCUGUCCUAGACCUGCCACUUAGCUGGCUGUGCCCACGGGAUGUCCUCUACGUGCUGCCGGAGAAGCAGUACCAACAGGCCAAGGAGGCCAUGACUUGUCACCAAAGCCAACUCCUCUGGUUCCGCCAUCUUUACCUGCUCUUCUCUCGUUACAUGGUUAUCAACUCAUUGCGAUUCCUGUUAUGUGCAAAUGAACCAGACACCAAAGAGAAAAGCAGAUGACAGCACCAUAUUGGGAGGGGGGGCUUCCCUGGAGUUUGGGGUUCCCAACAGACUUUCAUCAUUCAUUUCAGCCGAAGCAACCCAAAUACCACACCAGCACCUCAUAAAUUGUGAAAAUCUGACAUUCUUUCAGUGGAAAAAAGAAAUCUUUUUCAUUUAUUCCUUCAGUGGAGACACAGCCAGGCCUGUGUAGCACAUUCAUUAAGUAAGUGGUUUUAUUGCCCAGGUAAGGCUGGCUGCCCACAUAGGGAUUACCAUCACAUGAACUGGGUUACUACUGGGUCAUUACUGUCACAUAAACUGAUGCUUGCAGUGUGUCGGAAAUGGACUGAGGCCCUGUUUCUCUCAUUGUAUCAAAUUCCAAUAGUGGCAAAGUCUCCUGAUGUAGCAAAGAAUAACUUUCCAUUUACAUGUUAUUAUUUUUUGGUCACCAGAUAGUCCGGGAUUUAUACGUUUCAUUAAAUCUAUCUUUUUUAAAUGUA